AUGAAAUGGACUGCAGAGGAGGAUGAAAUCCUGAAGUCCAGAAUAGAGAAGUUUGGAACGGGAAAUUGGUCAUUGAUCGCCCAAGAAUUACAAGGCCGAACUGGUAAACAGUGUCGCGAGAGGUGGACUAAUCAAUUGAAUCCUAAUCUCAAUCGCGAUAACUGGUCUUCGAAUGAAGAUCGCAUUUUACUCCACCAACAACAGAUCUUUGGUAAUUCAUGGUCGAAAAUAUCAAAAUAUCUGCCAGGUAGGAGUUCUAACUCAAUAAAGAAUAGAUGGAGCUGGCUUUCACGUCAUAGAGCUUUACCACAAAAGAAUAACGCUCCAGCAAUAAAAAUUCAGCCACAGAUUCAACAGCAAAAGCCUUUGACAAUGAAUUUCGAUCCUUCCACUUCUGAGUGUCUCGGAUCCAUCUCGUUUAUGAUGCUUGAUCUUCCUGAUGUUGAAUUCAGUUCUGAUUUCAAUCUUCAGGAUUUCCCAGCUAUUGAUACAUCAGACAAAGGACUUUCCCUUUGGGAUGUUCUCUAA